AUGCAUGUCCUUCUACUCGGUGGUCACGGCAAAGUCGCCCUCCACCUUACUCCGCUCCUCCUCCAACGGGCCUGGAGCGUAACCAGCGUCAUCCGCAACCCCGCGCACGAAAGCGAGAUUCUAGCACUGGGCCAAGGUCUCAAGGGUAAUCUCAACGUGCUACUCUCGAGUCUAGAGGAUGUCAAGAGUCCCUCAGAUGCCCAGAAAAUUAUCGACACGGUUACGCCGGACUAUGUUGUCUGGUCGGCUGGCGCCGGCGGCAAAGGCGGCGCAGCACGCACAAUCGCAAUCGACCAAGAAGCUGCAAAGCACUUCAUAACCGCAUCCUUCGCCUCACCAGGCGUAAGCAAAUUUCUCAUGGUGUCAUACCUCGGCAGUCGACGCAAGCAGCCGAGCUGGAUGCCCGACGACGAAUGGGCGGGCGUAGUAAAGGUGAACACGGAAGUGCUUCCGACAUACGCACAAGCCAAGCAGGAAGCCGACGAAUAUAUGACAGCACUGGCUGCGCAGCGGAAGGGCGAGUCUGGACCAGCCCGGCCUUUCCAAGCUAUUAAUCUGCGACCUGGGCUUUUGACUGACCAGCCUGCGACGCGGAAGGUCGAACUGGGAAUCACGCCCAAGGGUCGGGGGGAGGCUGAUACGGAGGGGUGGGUUGAUCUUGUUAAUGGGGAGGAGGGGGUUGAGGAGGCUGUUGAGAGGGUUGCGAGGGAGAAGGUUGAUGCUGUUAUUGGGGAGGAUGUUGAAGGUAUGGUUAAGAAGUUUUCCCUUAAGUGA